GAAAGAGUUCAUUAACACCAGAAUUUGGAGACACUCUUAAGCCCCAACUCACAAUGCUGUAUGUGCACAAUGAUUAUUAGGCAAUCCACAAUCAGGAAAAGGGACAUUCUUUCAUAAGGCUGAUCCCUGUGACCUAAUGAAUCCUUUGUAAAAAAACGUGGACUCAGCUAGGAUGUUACACCACCAUUGUCGAAGGAACCCUGAACUCCAGGAAGAGUUGCAGAUUCAAGCUGCAGUGGCUGCCGGGGAUGUUCACACAGUGCGGAAGAUGUUAGAGCAAGGCUACUCUCCAAAUGGCCGGGAUGCUAAUGGCUGGACCCUGCUUCAUUUCUCUGCAGCAAGAGGAAAGGAAAGAUGUGUUCGAGUAUUUCUAGAGCAUGGAGCUGAUCCCACAGUUAAGGACUUAAUCGGAGGCUUCACUGCUCUUCAUUAUGCAGCCAUGCAUGGCCGGGCCCGGAUUGCACGCCUGAUGUUAGAAUCUGAAUACAGGAGCGACAUUAUUAAUGCAAAAAGCAAUGAUGGCUGGACUCCCCUUCAUGUGGCCGCUCACUAUGGUAGGGACUCAUUUGUCCGACUCCUACUGGAGUUCAAGGCUGAGGUUGACCCGCUCAGUGAUAAAGGUACAACGCCGCUUCAGCUCGCCAUUAUCCGAGAGCGGUCAAGCUGUGUGAAAAUCCUCCUGGACCACAACGCCAACAUCGACAUUCAGAACGGUUUCCUGUUGAGAUACGCUGUGAUUAAAAGCAAUCACUCUUAUUGCCGAAUGUUCCUCCAGAGAGGAGCAGACACAAACUUGGGUCGCUUAGAAGAUGGACAGACUCCUUUACAUUUGUCUGCCCUUAGGGACGAUGUGCUCUGUGCACGGAUGUUAUAUAAUUACGGAGCGGACACGAACACAAGGAACUAUGAAGGACAGACCCCAUUGGCUGUUUCAAUAAGCAUUUCUGGAAGUAGUCGACCGUGUUUGGAUUUCUUACAAGAAGUCACAAGACAGCCCAGAAACUUGCAGGACCUGUGCCGAAUUAAAAUUCGACAGUGUAUAGGCCUUCAAAACCUAAAACUACUUGAUGAACUGCCAAUUGCCAAGGUCAUGAAAGACUACUUAAAACACAAAUUUGAUGAUAUCUGA